UUCAGAUUAUCAGGUCCAAUAAAACUCAAAUUCCACAGCCGAAAGUCAAACAGACUACUCGUCUGUAGUACUGCGCCAAAGAUCAAUAAAUGUGCCGACUCGAGGCUUUCUGCUACCAUCUUAUCUUCUCGCUAGUGGCCAGGGCCCGUGCAUCUCCACUUCUCCACAGGCAGCUUCCACCUGGGCAGCAAUGGAGGAGAGCAUGAACAGCAGCGGCAGCAACGGAGUGCGGAUGUGCGUCACCGGAGGCGCCGGGUUCAUCGCCUCCUGGCUCGUUAAGAAGCUCCUCGAGAGAGGCUACACCGUCCACGCCACCCUCCGGGACACCGGCGACGAGGAGAAGGUGGGGCUGCUGCGGCGGCUCGUCCCCGGCGCGGCGGAGUCGGGGCGGCUGGUGCUGUUCGAGGCCGACCUCUACGACGCCGCCACGUUCGCGCCGGCCAUCGCGGGGUGCCGGUUCGUCUUCCUCGUCGCCACGCCGUUCCAGCACGACGCCACCAGCACCAAGCACAAGAGCACGGCGGAGGCGGCUCUGGACGCGGCGCGGGUGAUCCUUCGGCAGUGCGCCGCCUCCAGGACGGUGAGGCGCGUGAUCCACACCGGCACCAUGGGGGCGUGCUCGCCGCUCAGGGAGGACUCCGCCGGGUUCAAGGACGCCAUCGACGAAUCCUGCUGGACGCCGCUCGACGUCGACUACCCUCUCCGGAACGCGCAAUUCCAUGAGUACAUCCUGUCGAAGCUGGUGUCGGAGCAGGAGCUGCUGGCCUACAACGCCGGCGAGAGCCCGGCGUUCGAGGUGGUCACCGUGCCCUGCCCCGUCGUGGCCGGCGACACGCUGCAGGGCCGCAACUCGGAGUCCCUGGAGUGCGCCGCGUCGCCGGUGACCCGGGACGAGCGCCGCUUCGGGGACCUCAGGAUGCUGCAGCGGCUGAUGGGGUCGGUGCCGCUGGCGCACGUGGACGACGUCUGCGACGCGCUCGUCUUCUGCAUGGAGCGCCCGUCCAUGGCUGGCCGGUUCCUCUGCGCCGCCGCAUACCCGACUGUCGCCGACAUCGUCGAUCACUUCGCCGCCAAGUAUCCUCACCUCGACCUCCUGAAAGAGACUGAGCUUGGGUUGCUGAGCGUUCAAGCUCACAGCGACAAGCUGGGCGAGCUGGGGUUCAGAUACAAGUACGGGAUGGAGGAGAUACUGGACGGCAGCAUCGACUGCGCCGUGAGAUUUGGCAGCCUCGAUGCGUCCAAGCUCAUCGUGCAAGGAUGACAACAAAUCAGGCAGUGACAUCUACCGAUACAGCAGAUAUAUGUGAUACAUCCGAAAAAUAAUUCCACUGUUAUGAAGCCUCGAACCAGGGCAGCCUGGGCUUGUGAAAUCUUGCUCUACGGCAUCUCCGGGUACAGGGUCCAGCAUGCAGUGCUGUAAUGCGAUGCGACCACACCAACCUGAAACUGCACUUUCAAAACCAAACAUUGAUACAGAGGGAUGUAAAUGGACAGACUUUUUACUGUUUCUAUCAAUUUUCAUCUUCAG